GCUUGUGUGGCCUCUCUUCAUUCUCGUUCCCUGGUCAUCUUGCCUUCGGUAUACCUUUCACGACGCUAUAACAAUGGCGACACUACUAGAUCCGGGCUCGGUUAAGGUCUACACAGUCAAUGGUGCUGCAUCUGGCUCCUCGUCUUCAUUACCUGACUGGCUCACUCGCAAACGCGCUGUGAAGGAAAAGGGCAAGCGGGGAGCUGUGAAGGAGCAGAUCGAAGGGAGCCUGGAGCUCAUUCAACACUUUGAGUUUCCCGAGGCGAGCAAUCGCGUAAAAACAACCAGGGACGGACACCAUAUCGUCGCAACUGGAACGUACAAGCCGCAUAUCAGGGUCUGGGAUCUGGACCAGCUCUCUCUGAAGUUUGAACGACAUUCAGACGCAGAAAAUGUCGACUUUCUUAUGCUCUCAGAUGAUUGGACCAAGUCUAUACACCUCCAGAAUGAUCGUUCGAUAGAAUUUCACAACCAGGGCGGGCUCUACUACCGCACCCGAAUACCACGCUUCGGUCGAGCGCUAGGAUAUCACUUCCCUUCAUGCGACGCUCUCAUCGUCGGUGCUGGGAAUGAGGUCUACCGGCUAAAUCUGGCCGAGGGGCGCUUCAUGACGCCCCUGGUGCUGCAGGGCGAGGGCGAGGGCGACGACGUCCAAGGCGUGAACUGCAUCGAUGUCAAUCCUGCACAUCAGCUGUUCGCUUUCGGCGUAGAGGGCAAUGGUACGGUCGAGUUCUGUGAUCCGCGGUCGCGUACGAGGGUUGGACUGUUGAGGCUACCUGUCGGACGACUUCUACCUACCGGUGUCUCGGUGCCUGGGCUUCCCGGCCUGGAGGACAUAACUGGGGGACCUUCUGUAUCGGUCACUGCACUUGCUUCCCGGAUAGACGGUCUGUCGUACGCUGUCGGAACGUCGACCGGGCACACGCUCCUUUACGACAUACGCUCCGCUCGUCCCUUCGCAAUUAAGGAUCAAGGGUACGGGCUGCCCGUGAAGAACGUUUCUUGGAUCGAGGGUGGUAGCAGGAUGGCCGGCGAGAGCCUGGUUCUCAGCGCGGACAAGAAGGUCAUCAAGAUUUGGGAAAAAAACUCACCUUCUGUGAACUUUACUUCUAUUACACCUGCUUCGGAUAUUAACGAUGUCCACCAUUUACCCGGGAGCGGUCUUCUUAUGCUCGCGAACGAGGGCAUACAGAUGACCACGUACUAUAUUCCGCAGCUGGGUCCUGCGCCGCGAUGGUGCAGUUUCCUCGAGAAUCUUACGGAGGAAAUGGAGGACCAGACCACGCGGACGGCAUAUCAGGACUACAAAUUUGUCAAACGCAGCGAGCUGGCGAGUCUCGGUCUGGACCACCUGAUUGGUACACCGGCGCUAAAACCGUACAUGCAUGGCUACUUUCUCUCCCUGCAGCUGUACGACACCGCGCGGCUCAUUGCUAACCCAUAUGUCUACGAGGAGCACCGCGAGCGUGCGAUCCGGGAGAAAAUGGAGAAGAUGUCCGAGACACGCAUUCGCACGCGAAACGACGCGGGAGUCAAGGUCAAUAAGGGGCUGGCUGAGAAGAUCAGGAAGGAGGAGGGGCGCGAGAGGAAGAAGACUGAGAAGAAGGCCGCGCGCAAGGCGAAAUCCACCGAGGAUGAUGCCAUGGGUGUCGUUGAGAAUACGCAUGCGCGCGCGGAGGGCGAGCCUGGGAAAGCCGCGGAGAAAGCGAGCUUGCUCAAUGACCCCCGCUUCGGGGAGCUAUUCGAGAAUCCGGAGUUCGAAGUGGACGAAGAGAGCAGGGAGUUCGCGCUCCUCAACCCCUCAGCUGUCGCACAACGGAUGAACCAGCGCGGUGCAGGUGCGAAUGUUAGGACGAGGACGGCAGCCGAAUCUGAGGAGGAGGAGAGCGACAAAGUGUCUUCCGACGGGAUCGAUGACGAUAGCGAGAGCGAGAGCGGGCGUAGAAGCAAUAGCGAAAGCGAGAGCGAAGAUAGCGAUGCUGCUGGAGAGCUUUGGACAGAUGACAUCCGCGCCCGUGCUGCUGCCCGUCAGAGCGCGGCAAAGCCAAGAAAGGUUCCUGUGAACCGCAACCCGAAUGUGCGUCUGGUACCCAUGCGCGCACAGGCGGAUGGUGCGGGCGGACGCCUGGGCAGGAAUACCACAUUUGGCCAGCGCCGCUCGACAGCGUCGCUCAAAGGUAAGGGCAAGCUGCCAGAUUUCGAGGGCGUCGAGUUCUCCGCCGAUGGCGGAGUCGAGAUGACCUACAUCCCGUCUGCCUCCGCCGCCGCCGAUGAAGAUGAAGACAGAGGCGGCAGGGCCGCUGGCAAGAAGCCAAAACGUAAGGGUAUCGAGACCUUCGGUGCUGGUCUGGAGAAGGGUGGUGAAGAGCGUGCGGUCGCGAUGAGCGAGGCUGAGCGGCGUGGCAGGACGCAACGCAGGAAAGGUAUGCGCAGUGGGAGCAAAAACACCUUCAGGCGACUGUAGACCGGUUUACGACUCCGCUUGUGAUUACGAGAAACCUCAUGUUCUACGUUCACCGUCCUGCGCUACGUAUACAGCUGAAUU